AUGAAGAACAAGAAGAAUGAGUCCCAAAAUCGGGGAAAACCAUACCCGACCCCUCUUAAUAAUUAUGGUAAUCACCCCAGCAAUCAGAGGACUACUGCUAUAGGGUUUUCUGGUGGUAGUGGUAGCGAACCCACUACUUCCUCAACUAAGAUAUUUUGUUACAGGUGUGCGGAGGUUGUUAAUAGAGAAAUCAAGCAAGUGUUGCAGAAGGUAGUGCAGUCCAACAAGAAGGAUUGGAGCAAGCUACUUAAGGAUGCUUUAUGGGCCCACAGGACCACUUACCGAACACCUUUGGGGUUGUCUCCCUAUAGGGUGGUUUUUGGUAAGGCCUGCCACCUUUCAGUGGAGAUUGAGCACUAUGCUUAUUGGGCAAUGAAUGGUUGUAACAUGACAUUUGAUGAAGCGGGUAUAGAAAUGAAGCUUCAAUUGCAAGAACUUGAGGAAAUCCACUUAGAAGCCUAUGAGAACUCCAAGACUUACAAGGAGAAAGUGAAGAGGUUUCAUGACUAUAGGAUUCUUAGGAAGGUGUUCCAUAUUGACCAAAAAGUGUUCUUGUUUAACUCUCGCCUCAAGCUUAUUUUCGGUAAACUUCGAUCUAGAUGGGAUGGUCCUUUUGUUAUUACUAAUAAUUCCCAUGGCGCAGUUGAGAUUAAAAAUGAAGUUAUCAACAAGGUGAACGGUCACCAACUCAAGCUCUUUCAUGAGAGCCCUCAAGUGGAGGAGGAAUUUGUGGCAAACCUUUCUUUGGUCUUGCCAAUAUUAUGUGAUGAUGUGCCUUGA